UUCGACAAGUUGUGUGUAAAUAGUUGUUUUCUCUCUGUUUUUCCCAGCAGCCAGCAGAAACAGAAAGAAGUGCCAAAAUCUCAAAAUCUCAAAAGAAAACACAAAAACCACCUGAAUACUGGACACGUCAGUUGCCUUACAUCAAAUUGUUGCACAUUAACCAGUUGCAAUAAUUGCAAAGCACAACGCACAAAGAUAGAAAAUGGCAAAAUCCAUUUUGCUAGUGGCAAUCACUCUUCUUGCGCUGGCUACAGCGCUUCCAGUGACUAGGAAUAAGAAAGAGGAAGUCGCACCAGAACCGCCGAAAGAUCAGCCAACAGGUGCAGAUCUCAAGUCUGUUUUGGAAUAUGAGAGAUACUUGAAGGAGGUUGUCGAAGUUCUCGAGACUGACCCUGAGUUCAGAAAGAAAAUUGACACAGUUGCUGAGGCUGACAUCAGAAAUGGUAAAAUCGCCCAGGAGUUAGACUACGUUAAUCACCACGUACGCUCUAAAUUGGACGAAAUCAAAAGACGAGAAAUCGAGAGAUUGCGUUCUUUGGCCAACAAACAGUUUGAGCUGACCAAUGAAAUUGACAGGGAUCACAUGAAGAUUCCCCAGCACAUCGACCACGGCAAUGAGUUGACCUUCGAGAUCGAGGAUUUGAGGAGAUUGGUUAUGAAGGCGACCGAGGAUCUGGCUGAGGCUGAUAAGAAGCGGCGCGAAGAGUUUAAGGAAUACGAGAUGCAGAAGGAAUUUGAGAAACAAGCCACACUCAAGGAAAUGGACGAGGAAUCAAAGAAGAAAUUCGAAGAGGAAGCUAAGAGAAACAAAGAGCGUCACAAUGAACACGAAAAAGUCCAUCAUCCUGGAAACAAGGCUCAACUAGAGGAGGUUUGGGAGAAGCAAGACCAUCUCGACAAGGAGGACUUCAAUCCAAGAACAUUCUUUAUGUUACACGAUGUUGACAGCAAUGGAGUUUGGGACGAAACCGAAGUGAAGGCGUUGUUCAUCAAGGAACUAGACAAAGUCUACCAAUCAGGAAUUCCUGAAGAUGAUAUGCGUGAACGGGCCGAAGAAAUGGAACGCAUGCGAGAGCAUGUCUUUAAGGAGACUGACACAAACCGUGAUGGUUUGAUCAGCUUCCAGGAGUUCAUGGAACAGACCAAGAGAGAGGAAUUCAACCGUGAUCCGGGCUGGGAGACCGUCGAUAACGAGCCUCAAUAUACCCACGAGGAAUAUCUGGAAUUCGAACGCCGUCGUCAAGAGGAGGUUCAGCGUAUGGUAGCCCAGGGAUUGCUCCCUCCUCAUCCAAAUAUGCCCAAUGGAUACUAUCCCAAUCCGAAUCAUGGAUUCCAAGGCAAUCCACAAGCACAGGGACAGCAACAGCAACAACAAAUGCAUUACCAGAUGCAACAACCUCAGCAAUACCACCCUGAAGCUGUGCAGCACCCACAGCAGCAAUUCCAACAAGCCGGACAGCCAGUGCAGGUGCAUCCAAACCAAGUAUACCAACAGGUGCAACAGCAGCAACAGCAAUACCAACAACAGCAACAGCAGCAGUACCAACAAUUCCAGCAGACCCAGCAGCAAUAUCAGCAACAUCCUCAGCAACAACAGCAGCAGAUUCCGGUUCAACAGCAGCAGCAACAAGUGCCAGUUCAGCAACAGGCUCCUCAAAUGCAACAACAGCAACAACAACCACAUCCCAAUCAACUUCCUCCUCAACAGCAAGCUGUUCCAGUGCAACAGGCUGUGCCAGUCCAACAACAGGCGGUGCCAAUUCAACAGCAAGCUGUUCCCGUUCAACAGCAGCAACUUCCCGUUCAACAGCAGCAAGUUCCUGUUCAACAGCAGCAAGUUCCCAUUCAACAGCAGCAGCAACAGCCUCAACAACAACAACAACCACAGCCUCAACAACAACAACAGCCACAAGCUCAACCACAACCACAACCCCAACAAAUUCCAGCUCAACAGCAGCCUAAGGUCUAAAGUCUAAAUCAAACGACAUUCGAAUAACAAUCUUAACGCAGCGAAAUUAAAAGAGAUUCAAUCCAAUUACCGCCUAACAGUAAAACAAAAUAAUAUUUAGAUUCCUUUUGAUACCAGCCUCCCCCCCCCCCCCCCCCCACACUUUUCAAUCUUAUCCCUAUACAUUAUUCGUAUUUUUUGAUUAUUCUAUUUUUAAUAAAUAAAAUAAAGUGUACAUCAAUCUA